UAGGACCGCAGGUGUCUGCGGUGGGGUCGAUCACGUUUUUACCCUUUUCGAGGCUAACGCGUCCACUACCACACCGUGCGUGUCAUUCGUUCUUCUUUCUCUGACUUUUAUUUUUCAGCUUGUCUAUGAGUUAUUUCUCCGUUUUCUGGAAUCGCCAGAUUUUCAAGCCUCAAUUGGAAAAAAGUACAUAGACCAACGUUUUGUGUUAAACCUGCUAGACUUGUUUGAUUCGGAGGAUCCUCGUGAGCGUGAUUUUCUGAAGACUGUUCUGCAUCGUAUUUAUGGGAAAUUUUUGGGUCUUCGCGCAUUCAUUCGGAAACAAAUCAACAAUAUGUUCUUAUCAUUCGUAUAUGAAACUGACUCCUUCAAUGGGGUGGGCGAGCUGCUUGAGAUUCUGGGAAGUAUCAUCAAUGGAUUUGCUUUACCGUUGAAACAGGAACACAAGGUUUUCCUGGUAAAGGUUCUGCUUCCGCUCCACAAACCAAAAUGCUUAUCACUGUACCAUGCGCAGCUUGCGUAUUGUGUCGUGCAGUUCAUUGAGAAGGACUCAAGUUUGACUCCACAGGUUUUCGACGCCCUUCUAAAAUUUUGGCCUAGGACCUGCAGUAGUAAGGAGGUUAUGUUUCUUGGUGAGGUUGAAGAGAUCUUGGACAUCAUAGAGCCGGAGCAGUUUAAGAAAAUUAUAGACCCUUUGUUUCGCCAACUUGCUAAAUGUGUUAGCAGCCCACAUUUCCAGGUGAGCUUCUCUUUUUUCCUAUUUCCGGUCGCUGAACGGGCGCUCUACUUUUGGAAUAACGAAUAUAUUCUUUCGUUAAUCGAAGACACUAGUGCCCAAGUAAUGCCCAUCAUGUUCCCCGCAUUAUAUCGUAUUUCGAAAGAGCAUUGGAAUCAGACAAUUGUGGCAUUAGUGUACAACGUACUUAAAACCUUCAUGGAAAUGAAUGGAAAGCUUUUCGAUGAGCUCACUAGCACAUACAAGAUGGAGCGGCAGAAGGAGCGCAAACGAGAGAAGGACCGUGAAGACUUUUGGAAGAAAUUGGAACAACUCGAACUCAAUCCUCCUGAUGCUAAUAACCCUCCGCGUAUUUUCCCAAACACGCCGUUAACGCAGUUCAUUCAGGUAUAA